AUGGAGAAUCCCGCGGGAGUAGACCUGCCAGAGGGCGAUGCUGCUCGGUGUCCUCAGUACACCAGCAGCGAGGAGGAGCAUAACCGUCCCGCCCCGACCACCGAGGACAGGGCAGCAGGGAAAAGGCCGCUGGCAGUGGAUCCGCCCCCUGCGGAGGCGCUGCCGGCAGAGAGCAGCCAAGCGCCGAAGCGUUGUCGGCUCGUCAGGAUCGCCUACGACGACGACGACGAGGAGGCGGCGCCCUCUUUGGUUCGAAGGCUGCGCAGCCGUCCAGACGUUGCGCCGGCCACUGCUGAUCGGAUGACCAGCGACCCGCCUGCCCCACACGCCGAGCCGACGCGCGUUGGAGAGACAAGGGCAGCGGCGGCGGCCGGUAGGACCAGGAGAAGGUUCUUCACAGCGACGCACAGGUGCUCCGAUCUCGCGACAUCGGACGUCGACCCUGACCACAUUGCUGGCCAGAGGACGGCCGAGCCCGUGGCUGUCGUUGGAGACACCGCGCCGCAGACCACCCAGGAGCAUGCCGAGGAGCAGCCCGCGACGACGACCGUGGCUGAGAGCACCGAGGAGCAUCCGGCCCCGAUGUCUCCUCCGACCACACUCAUCGCAGCCGGACCUCACCGCAACCCAGCAAGCACCACCAUAGCUGCUCCCCUAAUAAUCGUCGGAGGGGUUCACGACGCGACAACGGUGGUCGGGACGCCGGCGGCCACCGCGAGCAGAAUCGUGGCCGCGGCCAGGAAGUGA